AGCAGACUGUGGGCUCAGGGGCCUGUCCCCUCACAGCACACAGCUGGGGAGUGGGGUGAAGGCCCCCCUUUAACACCAUCCCUCCUGCCCCCUCAGGACUGUACACAGCACCCUCCCUCUCAGCCCACCGAGCCCCGUGGGGGCGUCAGGAGGGAACGUGUCCCUCUCCUGUAGCUCACAUUUCAUGUCCAGCACACUACACCUGCUGAAGGAGGGAGGCGCUAAACCGCCCCAAUGCAGCGCGUGGGGGAAACUCGGGAACUCGGGAGGGAGGCAGGCCCUCUUCCCUGUGGGAUCCGUGAAUGCAUCCCACGGGGACACCUACAGAUGCUAGAUUCUCCCAGCUCCCAUCCCUACCUGUGGCCUCAGCCCAGUGACCCUCUGUAUCUCCAGGUCACAGGUAUGUACAGGGAGCCCUCCCUCUCGGCCCAGCCGGGCUCCCUCGUGCUCCUCGGAGACAGACUGACCCUCCAGUGUCGCUCAGAUGCCAGCUUUGGCAGAUUCGCUCUGACCAAGGACGAGGGAAGCACACCUCCCCUCCACCUAAAUGGCCAGCACAGCCCCGACUUCCCCCUGGAUCGUGUGAGCCACACCCGAGGGGGCCGGUACAGAUGCUACGCUGCACACAACCUCUCCGAUGAGUGGUCGGCCCCCAGUGCCCCCCUGGACGUCCUGAUCGUGGGAAUGUACCGGACACCCUCCCUCUCAGCCCAUCCAGGGACCUCAGUGUCCUGGGGAGAGAACGUGACCCUGCAGUGUCGCUCUGAGUCACAGGUGUUGGACACCUUCCACUUGUUCAAGGAGGGGUCGCUGGCUCCUGCCCAGAGCCUGAGUCUGCAGGACAUAGCUGUACCCCUUCAGGCCAACUUCACCUUGAGUCCUAUGACCUCAGCCCACCAUGGGACCUACAGGUGCUAUGGCUCACACAGCACCUCCCCCUAUGUCCUGUCAAACCCCAGUGACCCCCUGCAGCUCUUGAUCUCAGGACCAGCAGACACCAUCCGCCCAUCACAAAACCACUCAGAUCCCACGAGUGGUGAGGAGGAGGAAUCCUCAGUUAUGGGCCUGGGUUCUGGGGUGCAGGUCCUAUAAAGGGGAGGUGCUGCCGAGGAUUCUGGGGGACUGGGAUCUGCCCUCACCUCUGCGACCUCUCUGUCCACAACCCCUACCCUCUCCCCCUGAAGACUACACAGUGGGGAACCUCGUCCGGAUGGCCACGGCUGCCCUGAUCCUGCUGAGCCUCGGAAUUCUGCUCUUCCAGGCUCAACAUGGCCAUGGAGAACCCAAGACGGGACCAGGAGCUGAGCACAGAGGCCACAGGGCACCGUCCAGAGUGGCAGAGCCUAGGCAAUGACCCGAUGGGCCCAGCAGGUUCUGGAAGAGAAUCUGCCAUGUGUGAGAACUGCCUGCUGAGACCAUGGAGGGAGAGAUGGGGUGUGGGUGUCGGGGGAGGACUGGGGAUCCCGUGCAGGGCUCUGCCUCUGUUACACCGAGGUGCUCUCCUCCUCCACAGAUGCCUCUCCCUGACGGCCUGUCCUCUCUCACCUGGGACAUGAGGCACAGCCCACACAGCAGGUGUGUCCCCACACCUGACACACCUGCAUGCUCUGGCCCUCGUUCAUGGGGGAUAUUUGUCUUUUAAUUUAAUUCCACAUUCUCUCAUGUGUACUACUGACCUCCACCUCUGCAGCCAGAAGCAAAAGAUGGUUUAAAGAACUGAACAAGAGGGGGGAAAAAAGAGUGAGAGAGAGAGAAAAUAAACAAAUAAAUAAAUAAAAAUAAAGAAAGAACUGAACAAGUGAGGAAGAAUCAGGUAUGCUUUGGAACGGAUGAAUCCAAAACGAUUCCCUUAAGCCCUUUCUGGAAUCUCCAGCCCUCCCCUCCUCAUCACAUGUCACCCAGUGCAGUUCUUCCAGAAGCACCUGCACUUUGCAGGGACACCCUGGUGUUUGAGGUGACAGCCAGGUGCUGUGCUGAUAAACGGACCCUAAGAAUAUGUCAUUUGUCAAAAGCCCAUCCUCGUGGCCUUUGUCUGUCUUUAGACUGUCUCUUCCUGGCCACCGUCAGGGUGCCCGUGCAAAUGCACUGAAGGCAGAGGUGGGAAGCAGGGAAGAGAGUUGUGUGAUGGGAGUUCCCGUCGGGGCUCAGGGGAAGUGAAUCUCAUGAGUAUCCAUGAGGACACAGGAUCCAUCCCUGGCCUUGCCCAGUGGGUGAAGGUUCUGGCGUGCCUGUGACCUGUGGUGGAGGCAGGCAGCUGAAGCUCCAAUUUGACCCCUGGUCCUGGUACCAUGGG